AAUUUUUCAACUCAAUACUCAUAAAUCUUUCCUGUUUCCAGUAUUUAUUUUGUAUUAUUAACUAAUAAUAUGGAAUUCUGAAUCGUCGUCUCGAACACAUCAAAAUGAGUAUAAUUACUAGACGUUACAACGGUAGUGUGUUUUAUUACAAUGCUCAAAUAUUAUGGCGAUGCCAUUCUACAUCUCUAGAUAUUGGGAAAAAAGGUGAAGAGGAAGAGGAGUUUAGAGUUCUUGAUAUUUUGAAAAAAAGGGAGAGACAACAAAGGAAAAAAUUUCAGAGGAACGAUGUUCAGCCAGAUAGAUCAGAGCGGAUGGCCACCAAUCAGGAUUGGGGCAAUGUUUGGCCUGGACCCAGAUCUUUUCAUCCAUCUUCUGUGCCGCUGCCCAUUAGACAGGGCUACGUCCCGAAAGGCCAGGCGCCACCGGGCAAGAAAGCUAAUGCGGAACUCAUGAAAGUUCCAAAUUUUCUCCACCUCACUCCCCCUGUAAUCAAAAGGCAAUGUGAGGCAAUAAAACAGUUCUGUACCGAAUGGCCCAAGCUGCUCAACAGCGAGGAGGCUAUAGAGAAGCAUUACCCACAGGAAAUCAUCACAUCCGACUACUGCCACGCCAGCCCGACAAUACGCAACCCUCUUUCCCGUAUUGUAACUCUCCGCAUAAAAUUGUCUAACCUCAACUUAGACAAACACGCAAAAGACAAGUUCCUGAGGUUGGUUGGUGAUAAAUAUGACGAAAAGACAGAUUUAGUCACCAUAACAGCGGACAGAUGUCCUGUACGGAAACAGAAUUUGGAUUAUGUAAACUAUUUGCUGACUGCGUGCUAUCAUGAAGCUUGGACUGUUGAAGAUUGGGAGAAAGAGAAAAGUUUGGAUGAUAUGGAAUAUUACGACUUUGAUACUCAACCAUCAAAGAAGAACCUAGUUAAUUGGCAUUUAAGAAGUAGCGGUGAAGAGAAAUCCCUGUCGAAAGAAGAGUAUGUUGCAUUUGAUGUUUCAUCCAUACCAAAUGCAGAUGAAUAUAAGGAUGCAGUAUCCAGUUUAUUUAACAAUGCAGAAAGUGAUGAGACUGUAAAAAAAUAUGGGUCAGCUGUACGGAAACUACUUGGAUUACCCGAGGAAAAAUUAGUUUAAUACAUUGUAUUUUAUUUAAUAAAAACUGUAAAUUAGUUGUA